AUGAGCGGGCAGAGCGCCGUGGCCGCGCUGCUGCAGCAGUGCCAGCGGGCCCUGGACACCGAGCUGCUGCCCCGGGCACCGGGAGAGGCGGAGCAGCGGGAAUACCGGCGGUGCCAAGCUCUGCUUCCUGAGGAGCUGAGGAGCCUGCUGGAGGAGGCAAAGGAAAUGAAGUGGCCCUUUGUGCCGGAGAGAUGGCAGUACAAACAAGAGCUGGGCCCAGAAGACAAAACAAACCUGCAAGAUAUGAUCAGCGCCAGGCUGCCUGACUUGCUGGCUUUUCUGAAGGCCUCCAUCGUGGUCCGGGACAGCAGCACGGCCACGGCCGUGGUGUUCCUGCUGGACCGCUUCCUGUACUGGCUGGACGCCUCCAGCCGGCUGCUGCGGCUGGCCAAGGGGCUGCACCGCCUGCAUCCCGGCGCUCCCAUCAGCCCGCAGCUGCUCAUCCGCCAGGCUCGCCUCGCCGUCAACGCAGGGAAACUUUUAAAAGCUGAAUAUAUCCUGAGCAGCCUGAUUAAUGACAAUGGAGCAACGGGAACGUGGCGAUACGCCGAGGAGAGCGAUCGGGUUCUUGUUCAGGCAGUCUGCCUGCAAAUCAGGGGACAGAUCCUGCAAAAGCUUGGGAUGUGGUAUGAGGCAGCAGAGCUGGUCUGGGCUUCCAUCGUGGGAUACUUCCAACUUCCUCAGCCAGAUAAAAAGGGAAUUGCCACAUCCUUGGGUAUUAUGGCAGACAUCUUUGCUUCCAUGGAUGAGCAGGAUUAUGCACGCUUCAAAACCAAUGCUGACAUUGACCUGAGCCUCCUGCAGGAGUUCAACCACCGCUUGUUAUCGGCGGCCGAGGCCUGCAAGCUGGCAGCUGCCUACAGCCAGUACACCCCCCUGUUUGUCCUCACGGCUGUGAACAUCCGUGGGAUGUGUCUGCUGUCCUACAGCCACUCCAAGGACUGUCCCCCGGAAAAGAGAGAGUUCUACUUGUCUGCAGCCAAAGAAUCCUUCGAGGUGGGGCUGCUCACCAAGGAGGAGCAGAGUGCCAUCACCAGCAGGCAGGAGCUGCACAGUUUCAUCAAAGCCUCCUUCUGCCUGGCCACCGUGCACCGCUGGCUCCACGGGGACAGCCAGGAGCUCCACGGGGUCACCCAGCUGUGCAAGGAAGCCCUGGGCAAGCUGCACUCCUACAGCACUUCCUUCCCAGAGGAGGAAGAGAAGGGGGUGCUUGCCAGAGAGAUCAUGUCUCUGGUUGCAGCUGUGAAGAGGCGCCUGCGGGUGGGAGGCUUCCCCAAUUCCGACGCCAGGUCUUACGUCCCAGACAGUUAUAAAGGCUCGGUACGAAAACCUGUCCUGCAAGGGGAAGCCAGCUUUGAGAAAAUCCUUGCCAAGCAUUCCCAGCACCACCUGUCAGUGUGCCAAGUGUUUGAAAAAACUUGCAGGAUUCAUAAAACCAUGCUGGGAGAGAUCCAGGUGGGAGCUUGUAUCACAACCCUGAGAACAGAGACCAAAACCAUGGACACCUUGUGUACUGCUGAAGACACAGCUCAGCAGAGGAGUGGUGCUGUGAAAAUCCUGGGCUCACCAACAGCAGGAAACAGCUCAGAAGGACUCAGUGGCCAAAGAAAUCAAGACAUUUGCUCUGGUGUGAUGAAAAUUUCCUUUGAAGAAGAGAUGGAGCCAUUAGAAAUGAAACUAAACAGUGAAAAAGAUGUUUUCAGCAGAGGGCAAGACAGGAGCCAAAGCACUACUUCUGAGAACUCUUGGUGCAAGCUGUCCAAAUGCAGUUACUCUUCCAGCUGGGAGGAGCUGAGUUGUAAUAGCAGCAGAGAGUCUCUCAGGGACGGGCAGCAAGGGGAGAAGGGCUCAGUGGAGGAGCAGUGCUGCACCACAGAGCCCAAUGGAAGCAGCCAGGACAUGCCCCUGUGCUCCUUACCUCCCAGAGCCUGGCAUCCUGCUCCUCGGGAGCCCCUCCGUGCCUCUGGGGGGUCUCCUCAGCAUUCCUCAGAGGGGUGUGCCCCUCGAGCAGGGAGGAUGGUGGAGAAGGAGCCUCUCUGCAGAGAAGAGCUGCAGGAGGGAAGGCACCGUGGAAGGAGCUCCUCAAAAGAGAAAUCAAAGGGCUCAAACAAUGAGUUUCCUUCCCUCUCCAUCCUCGACUCUGUUCCUACAAGGCAGGAGAAGUCCUUUUCCUGUGCCGAGCUGAGCUGCAGGACCAAGGACAGCAGCAGGGAGGGAAGCAUCGGUCGCUUUGAGUGGCUCCACUCGGGAGAACCUGCAGACAGCACCGAGGGUCCCUCGUUUGAGGCGCAGCCGCCCCAGGACAGGAGCCCUUCUGCACCAUCAACAAACAUCUGGCUGAAAACAGGCAGUGACUCCUCUGUGCCUGGCUGGGUGAGCACAUCUGCCAUGCUGGGGAACAAAUCUCUGCAGGUGCCUCAGGUUGACACCCAGGCAGAAACAAUGGAUGACACUGAAUUCGAGCUCAUCAGCCUGGGAGACUUGGUAAAGGAUUAUCCUGCAGCACUGGCUCCAAAGCAUGGAGCAACUCCCAGCGUGCCAACAGCUUUGCCCUCCCUGGGAAAGAUACCCACAACCAAGCACUUUGACUGUGCCACUACCGAGGAGGAUGAAGAGAAGUCUCAGGAUGUGCUGGGCAGCAGGGGACAGUCCAGUUCCUCUCUGAGUUCAGGGAUCACAUCAGCACUGAUGGCCACGAGCUGCCCUGCAGGUUCAGUCUCAAGGGGAAGUGCCAUUGCCUUCAUGCCUGGCAGAGUGAAGGAAGAGCUCCUGGAUGCUCGCUUUCUGAGGGAUGAUGAUUACAGGCAGCUCCUGGCAGGGGUGGAGCAUCACUGGCUUGUCCAGAGACUGAUGCCUACUGGGAUCUUUAGGAGCAAAGAGCUUCGCAAAGCAUACUCUGCUCUUCUUCUGAAGUACUCCAAGAAAUCAGGGCUGUGGACAGGCCAGGAGACAGCUGUGUUCAUUGGGGACUACCUGAACGUGGCCAAGGAGGGCAAGCAGAGAAAUGCCUUUUGGAUACACUUCCUGCACCAAGAAGAAAGCCUGGGAAGGUAUGUUGGGAAGGAAUACAAAGAGGAAAAAGGACUCCUCCAUCAUUUCAGUGACGUGGAGCGACAGAUGACAGCCCAGUACUACGUGACAGAGUUCAACAAGAGGCUGUAUGAGCAGAAGGUCCCUACUCAAAUUUUUUACAUCCCCUCUGCAGUCCUCCUGAUUCUGGAAGACAGAAUUAUAAAAGGGUGUGUGAGUGUGGAGCCCUACAUCCUGGGGGAGUUUGUGAAGCUCUCCAACAACACCAAGGUGGUGAAGAAUGAGUACAAAGCCACGGAGUAUGGUCUGGCUUACGGCCACUUCUGCUACGAGUUCUCCAAGGGAACUGACGUGGUCGUUGACCUUCAAGGUUGGGUGACAGGUAACGGGAAAGGCCUCAUCUACCUCACAGACCCCCAGAUUCACUCCCUCAAUAGCAAAGACUCACGCUCCAACUUUGGGAAGAAAGGAAUUUACUACUUUUUUAAUGAUCAACACGUGGAGUGCAACGAGAUCUGUAGCUGCCUGUCCUUGACAAGGCCCUCCAUGGAGCUGCUGGCCUAGACUGGCACAGGUCAGUCCACAGAACAACCCAUGAGCUGGACCCUGUUUUAUCCUACACAUCUUUGGGAGCAGCUCGUCCAACAAGAGAGUGAAAAGCUGCCUUCAUUUUCUAUUCUCCUCUUCCCCUCCAAAGCCCCCAUGUCCCACUGCCCCCAAGCACUGGCAUCCUUUCUUUUGGGAGAUUUCCUUGAUGAGAAAGGGGUCACAGCAUCAAAGUUCUACAAAAAGAUGGGUCCUCAACAGACUUUGCUUUUACAAAACCAUCCCCUUUUGUUUCUGCAGCCAGCAGAGGUUUUUAGGCUU